AUGUUGGAUGAGAGGCCCACGAAAACACUCCGGACGGAGUCUGGCGCAAAGAAAGUCAGCAGCAAAGAGUUUUUGAAGACAACUGUGUCGGAGGGUCCUUUCAGCGUACUUGACAGCGCAAUGCGAAACGGGACCCGUGUUUUUAUUCAAUCGCGCUUUAAUAAAUCCCUUGUCGCCACUGUUGUCGCAUUCGACAAGCAUUUCAACCUCGUUCUCCGCGAUGUGGUUGAGCUGGCAAUGGUCAAUAAAGAGCAGAAGGAGCGAUCCAUACGCAACAUGUUUCUGCGCGGGGGGUCGGUGGUGUUUAUUGUGAAACUGCCUCACAACGCGGCGUAG